AUGGCAUGGCUUUAUGAUGAGGGGUGUAGGGCAGUGGUGGCAGAGUCAUGGGAGGAAGGAAAAGGUGGUGGCACACAGAGUUGCAUUAAACAUUGUGGAAACCGCCUGUCCCGAUGGGGUGGAGACCGGUAUCACAAGUUUGGAGAGAAAAUUCGGCUGCUUCGUAAGGGGCAGGAACGAUUACGGGGAUGCACUGAUCCAACUUCCCUAACUGAAUACAAUCGGCUGGAGGAGUCCUUGUCUCGGUUGGAGGUCCAGGAGGACGUAUAUUGGAGGCAGAGGGCCAAGCAGCACUGGCUAAAGAAUGCUGAUGCAAACACCAAAUUCUAUCACAGGUAUGCCUCUCAUCGAAAAAGGAAAAAUACUUUACAUAGACUUAUGAAUGGUGAUGGGGAAUGGGUGGAGGGAGAUGAUAUGUCAGGUGUAGUGUUGGAAUAUUUCAAGCAAAUCUUUGCAACAGAAAAUCCAAGGAAUGGUGAUCUUAUAUUUGAUAAUGUUAUGCCACGAGUCACACAAGCACAGAACGAAUGGCUAAUUCGGCCAUUUGAGGUGGAUGAAGUAAAAUCUGCUCUGUUUUCAAUGUUUCCUGAUAAAGCACCGGGCCCGGACGGAAUGAAUCUAGGGUUUUAUCAGAAUUUUUGGGAUAUUGUAGGUGGGGAUAUUUCGAGUUUUAUUGUUAAUUGUUUGAAUACGUGCUCAUUUCCCCCGGGUCUCAAUGACACUGAUGUGAGGAUGAAACCCCUAAUGAAUGAUAUUAUAUCUGAGUCACAAAGUGCAUUCAUAUCUGGUAGAUUGAUUACGGAUAAUAUCUUGGUGGCCUUGGAGGUAGGGCAUUAUUUGAAUAGAAAGCAGUGUGGGGCGGUAGGUUGGAGUGCUCUGAAAUUGGAUAUGGCCAAAGCCUAUGAUCGUAUGGAAUGGCCUUUUCUGAGAGUUUCAUAUAGCUUUUUGGUGAAUGGAACACGAAGUGAUGCAAUUAUGCCAACUAGAGGAUUGAGACAAGCAACUGGUCAGGAGGCUAUUGAGAUAAAAAACUGUCUAUCACUGUAUGAGAAGUUGUCUGGACAGAAGGUCAAUUUUCAGAAAUCAAGUAUAUGUUUUAGCAGGAAUACAACUGAUGAAAAGAGGAAUAAUGUGGCGCAGGUGUUGGAGGUAAUGCAGGCUCCUAACUUUGGAAAAUAUCUUGGCUUGCCAUCAUUUAUUGGUAAAAAUAAGAAAGCAGCAUUUGCUUACAUUGAGGAUAAGAUCCGGCAGAGAAUAGGAUCUUGGAAUAAGAAAUUGUUAUCACAGGCUGUGUUUGUCUGUACCGCCAUUGAGCGUCUUAUGAACCGGUAUUGGUGGGGAUCUGGGACUGAUAGAAAGAUACAUUGGACAGCUUGGGAUAAGCUAUGCCUCCCUAAGAAAUAUGGUGGAUUGGGCUUUAAGGAUCUUAAAGCUUUUAAUGUGGCUCUUCUGGGUAAGCAGGCAUGGAGAUUGCUUACUAACACAGAAUCAUUGGUUUCAAAAGUUUAUAAAGCCAGAUACUAUCAUAGACUCUCGUUUAUGGAAGCAGAACUGGGGAAUAAUCCUAGUCAUUGCUGGAGGAGUAUUAUGGCUGCAAAAAGCCUAGUAUGUAGUGGUGUGAAAAGGAGGAUUGUGAAUGGAAAUUCAACCUCUGUGUGGAAGCAUCCCUGGUUACAAGAUGAGGAGGAUCCCAUGAUCCAAACAGAAAUGCCACCCCAGCUGGCUGAUGCUAGAGUAGCCAACCUAAUUGAUCAGGAGACAGGAACAUGGGAUUAUCAUUUACUUACUGAUAUUUUUAAGCCAGAUGAUGUGUCACGAAUCUUAAAAAUACCAGUCUCCCAGGAAUACAAGGACCAAUGGUAUUGGCAUGGGGAUCCCAAUGGUUACUACUCAGUGAAAAAUGGGUACAGACGUAUUAUUGGAAAUUAUGACAGUAGUAUGAACUCGGGGUUUAAUAAAUGGCUCACUUUAUGGAAGCAAAAAAUACCGCCCAAAUGGAGAAUUUUUAUAUGGAAGGCCAACUUGCGUAUUAAAAGGGUGGAUAUUCUGAUGGAAUUCUCUACGCAGCUGCAAUACUAUACUACCUAUGGAAAGCCCGAAAUGGAGCAGUAUGGGACGCUUGUUUGGCUUACCCAAGGAAGACGCUGGCUAUGA